GCGGUAGCGUCACACGUCGCCGCGGCGCACGAGACCGCGCGGACGAUGUGAACUACGCGGGUUUGACGUUACAGGCUUCCUGUUAUCCUUCACGAAACCCAGUUCUCUUUCAACGAAACAUUUCCGUUUGUUCCCCUUCGCCUUGAUGUUUUCAGUUAGUUCUCGACUCUUUUCUCACGGCGUUCUCUGUAAGUGAAGUGUAACAUGUCGUAAAGAGAGGAGAGCCGUCGCACUUGUUUCCUGGGACGAAAUAUGAGCGAAGGGAGUGAGGAUUCAUCUGAGGAAGUGUCGCCGGCUGAGGAGCGGGUCAAGCCUUCAAAGAGAGUCGUCACCAUCCUGCUGCCCACCGAGGAGCUGGUGGCCGCCAGCCCCAAGCAGAUGAACUGGCGCGGGAUCCUGAUCGCGCUGCUCGUCAUCGUCGCCGUGCUGGGCCUCAUCGUGUUCUCCAUCGUGCUGCUGUCGCCGCCCGACGAGGGCCCGCGCGUCAAGGGCCGCAAGUUCUCCCUGCAGGACGUGCUGGGCCCGCUCUUCCGCGCGCCGCCCUUCAACGGCACCUGGGUCUCAGGCUCGGAGCUGGUGUUCCGCGACGCCCACGGCGGGGUCUCGCUGCUGAGCGCGGAGAACCUCACCACCAGGGUGCUGGUGAGCAACGCUACCUUGAGACAACUCAACGCUGUCGACUUCAAGAUAUCGAGUGAUCUCAAGUUCGCGCUGCUCAUAUCCGACGUACAAAAGGUGCACAAGUACUCCUUCCUGGCGCGGUACAGCCUGUACGAGAUGGAGACGAGGAACAGGUACCCGCUGGGCGACGCCCGCGCGGAUCCCGCGCCCUUGCUGCAGCUCGCCGUCUGGGCGCCGCGAGGGGACGCCCUGGCCUUCGUGCGCGACAACGACCUGUACUACCGGCCGCGCGCCAAGGCAGCCGCCCGCCGCCUCACCGCGUCGGGGGCCCCCGGCCGCGUCUUCAACGGCGUCCCCGACUGGCUGUACGAGGUGGAGGUCCUGAAGACCGCCGGCGCCACGUGGUUCUCGCCCGACGGCCGCUACCUGCUGUACGCCUCCUUCAACGACUCGCUGGUCGGCGAGGUGAAGUACCCGAGCUACGGCGGCGCCGAGACGCGGCCGAGGUACCCCAAGAUGCGCUCGCUCAGGUACCCCAAGACGGGCACGACCAACCCGGCGGUGACCUUGAGGGUGGUCGACCUCAGCCUGCCCGAGGACUCGGAGCACGCGGACUUGAAGCCGCCCGCCAGCAUCGGGCACACCCUGGACCACUACUUCACGACGGUGAAGUGGGUGAGCGCGCACCGCGCCGCCGUGGUGUGGAUGAACCGCCGCCAGAACCUCUCCGUCAUAUCCGUGUGCGGCGAGCCCCUGUGGGCCUGCGAGGAGACGCACGCGGAGCGCUGGGGCGAGGCGGGCUGGGCCGACGCCGGCGUCGGGGCGCCGCUCUUCUCGGCGGACGGGCGCGCCUACGUGGCGCUGCUGCCCGUGCUUGACGCCGACAACGGCCGCUUCUCGCACGCCUGCCUCGUGGACGUGGCGUCGCGCCAAGCGACGGCUCUCACGCACGGCGCCUACCAGCUGACGAGGCUGGUCGCCUGGGACGAGGAGCGCGACAAGCUGUACUUCUUGGCGGCACCAGAGCGCCUGCCUGGGCAGAGGCACCUCUACCGGUUAGGUGACCUCAACUCCACGGACCAAACCCCCGAGUGCCUCACGUGCCCUGUGCCACAAGCCCCUGCGACACCAGGCAGCCCGCCACGCAGCAACGAGACCGGGGAGGCGUGGCCGGGGGCGUGGCCGGGGGCGGGGCCUGAGGCGGGGUCGCGACCCGCCUGCCUCUACAGCGACGUCCACGUCAGCCCGGGCCCGUCGCCCAGGUACCUGGUGCUGGAGUGCCUGGGCCCGGACACGCCCACCGCCGAGCUGUUGGACCUGGUCACGGGCGCCCGCCUGGCCGUGCUGGACCGGCGCGACCAGCUGCGCCACCGCUACCUCGCCAUGGCGCUGCCCCAGGUGAAGACCUUCCAGGUGGAGGUUUCGGGAGGCCACCAGGCGCAGGUGCGGCUGCUGCUGCCCCCGGGGCUGCGGGAGCACGAGCAGAUGUCCUUCCCGCUGCUGCUUCACGCGUGCGCGGCACCAGGCUCGCAGCUCGUGUCGGAGCGCUGGGCCGUGCACUGGGGCACCUACCUGGCCAGUGCACGCAACUUCAUCGUGGCGCAGGUGGACGGUCGAGGCUCCGGCUUCCAGGGCGAGCGCCUGAUGCACCAGCUUCGCCACCGCCUCGGCAGCGUCGAGGUGGACGACCAGGUCGCUGUCAUCAGGUACCUGCGCGACAACUUGGACUUCGUGGACAAGCAGAAGAUAGCCGUGUGGGGCUGGGGCUACGGUGGCUUCACCACCACCAUGAUCCUGGCCGAGGACCAGGAGGUCUUCAAGUGUGGUAUCGCAGUGGCGCCCAUCACCAACUGGUUGCACUAUGACUCGGCGUACACGGAGCGCUACAUGGGACUGCCGAACUCGACGGACAACUACCUGGGCUACGAGCGGGCGGACGCGACGCGGCGCGCGGCGUCCCUGCGCGGGCGGCGGCUGCUGCUGGCGCACGGCACGGCGGACGACCAGGUGCCGCUGCAGCAGGGCAUGCUGCUGGCGCGCGCGCUGGCCGAGCAGGGCGCGCUCUUCCGCCAGCUGACGUAUCCGGAUGAAGGCCACACGUUUUCUGGGGUGCAGAACCACCUGUACAAGGCGAUGGAAGCGUUCCUGGACGACUGCUUCGGUCCGCUCGACUUCGAGGAGUGGGAGGUCGGCACGAGCUUCUUCAGCUUCAAGCAGUAGCCGCCGUGACUUCCGACAACAACUCACGUUGUGCGUGCCUGGCUUUGUGUCCGACCAAGACGGUCGGGAGCUGAACAAACCAAGCUAAAAGAAAAAGAAUUCCACCCUUUACACCUGACACCAAUUUUUGAUUGCAUGUAAUUUGCGAUAAGGUCUUCAUAUUUGCAGUUAUGAUUGUUUUAAGUCUGAGAAAAAUAUUUUGGUGUUGUCUGGCUUAAGGUUCAGUUUCACAGAGUUUCACCGUGGCAGUGCAUUCCGAAAUGUCUGGAUCGUUCUUGACGAAAGUAGAAACACUGGCACCCAGACAGUGAGCACUGAUAGCAGUUAUUUUCGGACUAUAAUGAACUGCAGGAUUUCGAGGAUCAGCAAGACAGAAGACAGUUAGCAACCAAAUAAAAAAGAAGAGGAUAACACAAGAGAAACCUACAAAUAACCACUGAAUCACCUCAAACAGGAGCGGCUCCAGAGGGCAACUCAGGCAACCAUGACUAUUGAGGCCCUGCACCGGUGCUUUCAAUUUGUAUUUAUUUUUGUUUGUCUAGUGUCCUGAUAGAUGUGGUCAUUACUGAGAAAAGGAAAAUUUAAUUUUUAUUAUCUUGUAACUUUAUGCACUGGUCACUACCUAUUUCAAUUCAUGAUUUUGUAUUAUAAAAAACUUUCAGAAAUUUUAAUGGCACGUAUAAUGGUGUGAUUAUACAGGAAAUUUGAUCUUAAAUCAUUUAUAAAACCGAUCUAAGGAUAAUUUGUUAGGAAAGAAAUUACCAAAAUUAGCAUAAAUUAGCAAAAACCCGUAGUCAAAAUUUAAUUUCCAAGUUGGGUUAAAAUUUUUGAAGGAGUAAAUUUUUUUUCAAAUUUUUGGGGGAGGGCCACCAAAAAAGUUAAUAGACCAGGGCCUUAAAAAUUCUAGGGCCACUAUAGACCUCAAAUAUCCUUGCCGGUGAUAUGAACCUUUUAACUGAGAUGCCACCUAUUUAAUAUUGUCUAAUCUAACAAACAUCCAGACAAGAAACUGCCACUACAUAUUUGUGAGGAGUUAUAAAAUUUUUGCUAUAUACUAUAAAGGUAUUGCGGUAGUCUUACAAUGACAUUUUACAAGAGCAAUGUUGGUUUUAUACCUUUUCCCCAAAUAUAAAACAAGUUUUCCAAACAAGACUAAAAUGGUUAUUAUACUCGACUGUAAACAGUCACACCAACUUUUACCAAGGGAUUUUAAAACAUGUUCAAAGUAGUUGUUGAAGCAAGUAAUUCUCAGCCAAGGACCAAAUUUUUAACAUGCCAAAUUAAAAUGUGAUGAUCGAUUUGCCUAAAGUUGACGUGACUUUCAACACACAACUGUUACACCUUUGAUGUUAAAUUAAGCCAACCGUGAUUUAAGGAAAGCACCAUGAUACUGAGCCUUAAAUUAGAAUUUUCAUUAUAUGGUUGAUAAAGUUGCUUAUAAAUGUUGCAUAUUUUGUACAGACUGGAACAACGUUGAUUUUAGCAGAAUAUAGUUUAUAGAAUGUAAAUGUUUGAUGAUGGAAAUGUUUAGUUUGUUAUUAAAAAUACAAAACUCAUGAAGUGUCUGCCAGAGUUGUCAAACGAAGAAGAGAUUAUAACAUAGGUGUCACCUGUAUUCACUUAAAAUGUAAAACAACAUGGCAAAGGCUUUUGUGGUUACAAUGUGUCCAAACUUUAAAGAAAUCAUUAUAAAGCUUUCUAUAUUUGUGUAUAAGCGUUGAAUUUUGUAAUAAAUAAUUUUACGAAAUUGAACUUGGCAAUAAGUUCCGAGUGUACGCAGAGCCUACUGGCAUUAAUGAACAUCUUGUUGAUUUUCAAUGAGCUCCUUAAGUGUUCAAUUAGAACAUCGAUAUAAUAUGGAACACUAAAAACCUCCAACAAGUUUUUAAAUAUGAUGCAAGUUAUUUCUUAUGUUUCAAAAAAAUGCUUAAGGUAUUUCAAUCAUAAAUUAAUGAUGGAAGAAAAAGUAAGUAAAAUUUGUUAGUACGCUUGACAAAAAAAACCUAAAAAAAAAAAAA